AUGGCGCUUGGACACUGGCUCGCAAUGUUGUUGUUGAUGGUCUCUAAAUCAAAUCCAGCUGCUGUAUCUCUGAUGCGGGGUUCGUCAUGGACGCUCGAUUCUGGUACUGAAGCUGCCGCCAACUGUUCUUCACAUCAAUGUGCAUCAUGUCACGUGACCUGGAGAAAACAGGGGGACCCCACGUUCCAAUGGGGAAACGAAACUCUCCAUUUCAACCCGGUUAAAAAGACCGACCACGGGAAUUACACAUGUACUGUAGAGGACAGCGAGGGUCGACAGAGGAACAAUGGGACGUUGGAAAUCUUGGUUAUCUAUCCCACUGAAAGCAUAUCCCUGUCAGUCAACAACCUUUCCGUUUCAAAUACUUACUAUACAAGCAAGGAAGGUGCCGAUGUCACUCUGUCAUGCGCAGUGGACGGCUUUCCACCACCACUCGUCAAGUGGCACAAAGAUGCUCGUGCUGUGAAGACUGAUAACCUUACUCAGAAGUAUGGUCUUCAUCAACCGGCGGGGAACAGUUUUCUGAUUUCCUAUCACGUGACUAGCGCCGGAUGUGAAGAUGAAGGUGCUUAUGUGUGUCAGGUUGGCAACGGCGUAAAUGAAACUGCACCCAUCGAGAAAUUCAUCAUUUUUAAAGUUGGAUGUUCAGGUACAAGAGUCACAGUUGACAAGACCAUGUUGACAAUCCAAUCUGGAUGGUCGUACACGUCCUACGUCAUGAGUGGAUGCUUAGCCCUGGGAGCUGCUCUCUAUUUGAUAGUUGUCUUCAUCGUAAUUAAGGGCCUCCACAGACUGUGCAAGCCAAGGGUCUCAGCAACAGAUUACCAAAAAGUUCACUAUGGCAUCGCGUGCAUGUUGAAAAAGCUAUGCUUCUUUACAGGAAAUCUUCGAUCGCUGUCUGUAUCUGUGAAUCCAAAUGCAGUCGUAUACGAUGAAGUGGACGAGAGUCUUGCGAUGACUGCCCUCGACCCCCAGUCCAAAGCCCAUCCAGCACGACAGCAUUAA